AUGAGCACUCCUCCGAUGUUAUCCGUCCAAGAAGGCGGCGAAUUGAAAAAGCAGACAGCCAAUCUGCUACCCUGUCGCAUCCAUCACGAUGGCUUGGUUGAUCCGGUCGGCGCAUACUGGAAGCCAACAGACAGCACAGACAUCAACUUACGCACCACUACUCCUAUAGAUAAUAGCAAAGAAGCAUACUUUCGCGGCCGAAAACUGCACGGCAAAACGUUGUCACUACCUCGAGGCUACCGCGGCCUGAUCGUCGAGCGCACCGCCGACGCGUUGAAAACCGAAAGACAGCUGCCUACCGACAACCAAGAAAGAAACAACGAUGACGCUGUUCCCAUGGAGACCGUGGGCACGAUGCGGGCAACGGGCGAGUUUGAUGAGAUGGUGAUCUGGUCCCACGAGUCCAUGGCCUCUGCGGCGGCAGACCCCUAUGUACGAAGCGUCGAGGAGUGGUUACAAGUAUCUGGAAAGAUUCACGGCUUCGAAGACGACGACAACGACAAGACAAAAUGA